UCUCAUCCCUGGUCUUACAGCUGGAUAUUCUGAAUCUCAACCAUGGAAUCUGUCUUGUCUCUCGUUCUACUGUGCGCAUGCGCUUUUGUAUGUUCCGGUGCUGUGUACAACCAGUACCCAUCCUACGGGCAGCAAUACAGGGGCCAGUACGUCCCUAACAACUACCAGAACAACCAUUACCCUGCUGAUGUGUGGGGAGGACACUCUCAGGGACAUUAUAAAAGAUACCGACGAUCUGUGCCGUCCCAUGGCAAUGGAUAUCCGAGUUACAGACAGACCUACCCGUCUAAUGGCUACCCUACCUAUCCCUCACACCAACCUUCCUACCCAUCAAAACACAUCCCGUCCUACCCUGACCACGUGAACACCUACCCUGGACAUCAAGACAGUUACCAACAAGGUCACCGACAGAACCAGUGGGGAUCACAGACGCACAACCAGAAACAUGGCGCUUACCAUGGAUGAAGAUAAUACGGAUAUGGCAUCCAUGACAUCCAGGCUUGAAAUCCUCACUACAUAAUCUGCAAUGUACAAGUCUUUCAAAUAAAUAACGUCAAAUUAUAA